GUCACCCUCAUCACCGGAGUUACAGGGUGGGCUAAAAAUAACCCGAGGACCAGCCAUCGCCCAGGGCGCAGGUGCUGGGUGAGGACACAGGAUUCCAGGGACCCUAUGCCGAGGACCAAGCCUGAAGCAGGCAAAGUCCUUUGGUCCCCACUCUCAGGCCCCACCCAGGCCAGCGUCCCUCCUCCCCUUUAACUCCUUUUACCUCCUCUCCCGGGCCUGCGGAGGUCACUCGUGCUGAAGAAAACCCUGCCACUAGCCUCAGGAUGAGCUGCUGGGGCCAGAAGGCCCUUUGGGCUCUGGGCUUCCUGCUGCUACUGGGAACCAGCUCUGCGCAGGACACCUGGGAGGCAUUGCUGCCCUCCAGGCUGGUGGAGAAGUCUCGCGCUGAAGAGGGUACACCAACAGGCCCCCGGCAGCCCCGUGCAGACCGCUGCCCACCACCCCCACAGACGCUGCCUCCAGGUGCCUGCCAGGCCACACGCUGCCAUGCCGACUCCGAGUGUCCGCGACACAGGCGCUGUUGCUACAAUGGCUGUGCCUACGCCUGCCUGGAGGCUGUGCCCCCUCCACCAGUUCUAGACUGGCUGGUGCAACCCAAACCCCGAUGGCUUGGUGGCAAUGGCUGGCUGCUGGAUGGUCCUGAAGAGGUGUUACAAGCAGAGGCAUGCAGCACCACUGAGGAUGGGGCAGAGCCACUACUCUGUCCCUCAGGCUAUGAGUGCCACAUCCUGCGUCCAGGGGACCCAGCCCAGGGCAUACCUAACCAUGGGCAGUGCGUCAAGCAGCGCCGACAAGCAGAGGGGCGGAUCCUGCGGCAGAAACUUCACAAGCAAUACCCAGAAGGGGACUCCAAGAAUGUGGCAGAACCUGGAAAGGGACAACAGAGGCACUUUCAAUAAAGCAAAGACUGGCAGCCUUUGAGGACCCUUCCUAUGCUUUCCAGAUGCUAAACCUCGGAAACAGGAAAAGAAUUCAACCCUAGACAUCAUGGCCAGUGCCACAGAACAGAACUCCAGAGCUCCCAGGAACUCCCAAUCCCAGUGUGGCCCAGCCUGGCAUGGCAACUUGGGGGAAGCCCCUGACAAGUUCUGGGUCUCUGCUCAGCACCCUGGUCACAUGAGCCUGCAGCUUCUAGGUGACUUUUGCAGAUUUUGACUGUGAAGACCUAUAUCCAACCCAAAAUAAAUCUGCCCACCACACCGUAGAAAUGAACUCCUUUAUCAGACCUGAGCCGCAGCUGUGUGCGCACAUCUGUUGCAAGGGUCUCCGGGACCACCAGGCUGGUAGAGUCAUGACCCUCUGGAGGCAAGAAGGUAGUUCAGUUCAAAUGACUACGUAGCUGGUGUUGGCUCACACUUCAGGGUGAAAACUUUCCUGGCGAUAGUUAACUCCAUCCCAAGUACACAAUAAAGCAGGGACGUGAUUAUAUCAAAACUCUUUGUAAACUUCCUGUGACACCCUCUGUAAAGAUAAGGUCCUAUAGACUGACUGCAUGUGACCCCUUCCAUAAAGAUAGGUCCUAUAGAUUGACAAGCUCACAGACAAAGUCUGUGAAAGGAUCUGGUGUGGUCUCGGCCACACAGAUAGCAAAAAGGUCACCAGGCUCUUCACCACAUCCUCUCCUAGCCUUCCGGACAGACAACAGGUUAUGCAUCCCUUCCUUUGAAAGAACAGCCCUGGGUGUUUAAUACGCCAGAUUCCCCUCAUGCUGAUCUGUGAGGACAAGGCAGUGCCUCCCACAGUCUGUGAGUGUGUGGAGGUCAGAAAACAACCCGUGGAAUUGGUUCUCCCCUGGCACCGUGUCUCAGGGACCAAACUGAGCUUGUCCACUAGGUGUCAGCACUGAGUCAUCUCAAGCCUGAGUUACGGCUUUAACUAUUUAAUAUCCUCAAAUGUGCUGUGCUAGAGGCUACCCCUUGGUGGAUGGCCAGGAGUGCAGGGAUGCUGUGUCUCCUGAGGCCAGAGUUCUGAGUGCAUCGCCCCACAGCUCAGGAGCCCUGGGAAGCUGGGGAGAGUAGGUGAACUGGGAGCUGAUCCAGGUCAGUGACCUCCAUGGGCCAAGUCCCUUAACAAGGACUUCCCUGUAGGUGCAGAUGCAAUUAAACAAUGUCUUUGUGCUCUGGUCUUGCUGACCUUGGCCCAGUCCUCUCUGGGGUUUUCCAUCAGCUAUUCCAGUUUAAUUCCCCACACUUGGC